UGUGAAUGAGGGCCGGGCUUCCUCCUCCAUCUCACAUCACCACCACCACCACCACCACCAUCAUCAUCAUCAUCAUCAUCAUCAUCAUCGGUGGGGGUCACGUGGUGCGUCGGGAGCGGGCGGUGGGUGUGUCUAAUCGCGUGUGGUUUCAUUCAUAACUACAGUCUUCAUUUGAAGCCCAAAUUAAAGUAUGCAGACGGGGCAGGCUGCCUGCGGAGCGCUUCAAACGGAGUCUACAGCCGGGCUGAGAGCAGAGACAUGGGACAGCCGUGAUCGGCGGGUUUUCGGAGCAGAGGGGAAGAUGCUGCUGAUGCUGAUGCUGAUGCUGAGGCUGAGGCUGAGCGCCGCCGGCUGCAGCGCAUCUCUGUAGCGAGUCUGCACCGAGCGGAGGGACGCUCCAUCCACAGCCCGUAUAGACCGGUUCGAUCACACCGACCUGGACCAUGAGCAAUGAUCUGCCUGUUCUGACAAGUCUGACUGAGAACUCCACUGAUGUGCCAGUGUCGGCCGGCCAGGUGGAGAACUAUGUGCUGCUGUUGGUGCUACUGAGCGUCUUCGCCGGCGGGACGCUGGUCCUGCUCUCCCUGCUGCUGCUCUUCUGUCACCGCUGCUGUAUGGGUGGACGGCGCUACUCCAGAGCCAGCGAUGACCCUGAGAAGACAAACACUACUUACGCUGAGGACUCUCAGCCCACGCAAGAAAUCACCAUUCGUCUGGAUGAAUCAGACGCACUCUCAGCAUCCAGCUGUCACGAUGGAGAGUCAGAGCGAUUUGUCUCCACGGGAUCGACUGGACGCAGAGUCUCCUUCAAUGAAUCUGCACUUUACGAACAGGAGAAGACGACUCAGGACAAAGGACGCAGGUACACUCUGACUGAAGGAGACUUCCACCACCUGAAGAAGGCCCGGCUGACCCACCUCCACCUGCCUCCAGCCCCCUGUGACCUGAAGAUCCUCACCAUCAUGGAGUGCGACUCAACGGAGAGCAGCACCAUCAACAUCAGUGAGACUUCAGCUCCUAAACUGCCCCUCUCCAUCUACCAGCCCACAGAGAGGAGAGUCCCUGACUGGAUGGGUCAGAGCCUCAGUGGAGGUCUACCAGGAGACCCCCACCACUCCAUCAUUCUGGACCAGGGACCCAGGCAGCAACCUCCUACCAUGAAACCACAGCACACACGCUCCCAGACAAUGGAGGCUAUCGGGGACAGGGGGGAGGCUGAGAGCGAAAGGGGGCAGAGAAGAGAGUCGACUCCGGCUCCAGGCCAGACUUCAGUUCUACAUUUCUUCUCCAAGUUGCGGCGCCACGCCAGUCUGGAGGGAGCAGGGCCUUACUUUAGGAGGUGGAAGUUCGACACCAGUCACCGGGCUGCCAGUCUGGAUGCCAAAGGAUCCCCCAAGAGAAGGCCCUUUCAGAGACAGAGAGCCGCAAGUGAAACUACUGAUCACACAGAAGAUGACUCUUCUCCUCUCCGAGAUGAGGCCAUUGAAUCUUUCCCACACACUCCCAUCCAGACCAGUGGCCUCCAGUCGCUCUCUGCGGACUCUCUGACUCUUCCCACAUCUGCACCAACAUCUUCAGUCUUCCUCAGCAGGUUAAAACUGGAGGCCAUGGUGGAGGUAGGUAGCAGCAGCACCAGGAGAGAGGAACUCUGUUUGCCAUCAGACAGGUGUCUGGCCCAGAGGCAAGAGGAAGCUACAGUUAAUGGAACAGAAGAGGAGAAAGAAACGAUGUUGGGUGGAGCUAUAAGAUCAAAAGCAGGAGACGAGCUACAAUCAGCAGAAGAUGACGACUUGUUCGGGAUACAACAAAAAGCGGCCAUUCAGGAAAGGUUUGAAGACAUGUUAAAGAAAAGUAAAGACACAAAAGCAGACAGUGGGAUGACAGAUGUGGGGAAAAAGAAAGAGGUGGAGAUAGAUGAUGGAGAUGAGGUGGUGUUGGGAGCUGAGGCCAGACGAAGGACUGACUCAGGCUCAUCUUUUUCCUUCAUGAUUCGCCAGGAGAGCUUGGAGGCCCCUCCUUCCCUAUACAAAGACAUUUGGAGCUUGCGAGCCUCUCUGGAACAAUACGCCUCCUCAGACCAGAGCAGCACAGAUCGGGAGUCCAUCCGCAGUGACGCCGACAGCAUCUCAUCCCUCGGUGGUGCAGGAGCUCGAUCAGGUCUGGACAGCUGCUUGUCCCAAGACCUGGACGAUGAGCCUGAGGGAGAAGGGGAGGGAGAAGUGAUGGAUGGAGGAACCAGAGGGGCAUCAGGUGUAGACAGUGAGAUGGGGAGUGGAGCAGGGGGAGAGGUUGAGGGGGGAAACAGGAAGCUCCUCCAAAUGGACAGCGGCUAUGCCUCAAUAGAAGCACCGUCCAGGGCCCCUGACGAGAUGCGACUGUUCGGGACUCCUGGAGCCCCUCGAGGGAAGACAGCAUCUGAGAGAAGGUUGUUUUUCACAAGCUCUGGAAGAAAAGGCUCAGUGUGCGAGAGCAUCGAGGCCCGGCAGUUUCAGGAGGAGCUGGAGGAAGAGAUGGCGGACGGCAUGGACAGAGAUGGGAAACUCAAGGAGGAAUCUCAGACUGGCAGCCAGUCUCUCACCCUUCAGGAACCAUAUCAGCUUAUGAAGUCCCUUCAUCCUCAGAAGUCUCCAGAAUCACAGACACAGCUGAUGUCUCCACUGGUGAAGCCAAUCUCACAGCCCUCGAGUCCCCACCGACCUCGUCUCCGCCGCCGUGACUACAGCAUCGAUGAGAAGACAGAUGCCCUUUUUAACGAGUUCCUUCGUCACGACCCACGGUUUGACCAGCAGGACUCUCCGUUACGCUCCAGGCACCGAUCCAGAGUUCACCUCCGGAAACAGUGGCAAAGACAUAAGCAAUACAGUGACCCAGGGUCCAGCACCGGGGGAAGGUACUCCCCAUCUUUGGAGAGGCAGCGGUUCACUCCUCUUAGGAGGGGAGACAGCGCCGGCUACCCUCUGGACACCAGAUAUCACAGCACCCUCUCACGCAUCGCAAGUGCUGCCGAUGAAGAAGCCAGCGAGGUUGCAGCUUCUGAGGAGGCAGCCAAAGAGAGAGCAGAGGGCAAAGAUCAAUCAAGUGAAGGAGCUGCGGGAGACUCUGCCGGUGGAGCGGCCAGCAAAACAUCCGAAGCAAACGACACAACAAAAAGCAGCUCUGACUGUGCGCCGUCGACUGGUGAGACCGAAGGCUGCCAAAUCUCUACAAACAAGGACUCAGAAAGCACAAGCAGCCAGCCUGUGGGCACGGCGACUGCACAAACGAGCUACAUGGAUCCAAGAGUCGACAACAGGAACAACAACAGCAGUCAGGCCAUUUUAUCCGAGGUUUCGCUGCAGGCAGAGAGCAGUCUGACAGACAAGCUGGUGGUGUCGGUGGAGGAGAGGCUUUACAGCGGCCUGCGGAGUGCAGAGAAGCUCAGCCAGGGAGGAUCAGAGCGUGUGCUGACUGUGUCUCACACAGCCUCACCUGGAUUCAGCCCCAUUUAGUCUGUUAACAUCCUCUUCAUCACUUUAUUUCAGAUCUAUUGUCUGUAGACCAAACGUCUGAACACAAAGGUCCACAGCAUCUCAUGUGUUAGAUACUCUGUCAGUUUCUGCAUCUUGUAAAGGACAGAACUACCUUCUCGAUGGCCAGUCUAUUCAAGCAUCUCCACUCAGACCUUAACUGCCACUGUGAUGCCAUGUGACAUGUGAUGCCCCUUUCUAUUGGUUAUCAUUCUUCAAAAUCAAACGCACCCAUCGCAGAGCUUAGAAAAUAUAGACCCAUGAUUAGAAAAUUUCAAUAUUUUCAGACUUAACUGUGAAUUGUUAGCAUGCUACUGUAGGUCAAAACAAUGUGUAUGUGAAUACUGUACAGUUUUAAGUCUAAAACAAAAAGCACUUUGGCGGAAAGAAAGUUAAUGAUGGUGUUUGUCACCCAUUUCUCUCAUUUUAAAACCAUAUCUUCCUCAAGUGUC